AUGUUUGUCAUCAUUUUAAAUGUCUUACUUUGCAUCCCCCAUGUCUAUUCUGUGUGGGCCUGUGUCCGCUCCUGUCCCCCCAACUGUGUGUGCACGCAAGAGAGGAGCUGCUCCGUCCUUUGUGACCGUGCUGGUCUUACACGGAUCCCUAGGGAGUUUCCCUGUGAAGCCUACUCUAUUAACCUGGAUAAAAAUAGCAUCAAAUUCCUCUCUGAGAGGGCAUUUGGUACCCUCCCGUCCCUCAAAUCCCUUUCGUUAAGCCACAACAACAUAUCCUUUAUCACUCCUGGAGCUUUCAAAGGGCUAGCUAGCCUGGCAGAGCUAAAAAUGGCCCAUAAUGAAUACAUUCGGUAUUUGCAUACUAGGACUUUUGGUUCUCUCAAGAGACUAGUCAGACUGGACUUGGCGGACUGCAACCUUUUCAACAUCCCAGACAGGAUUUUUAUAGAGCUUCCAGCCCUUCAAGAACUCUUUUGUUUUCAGAACAACUUCCGAAGGAUUCCAGGAGCAAUACGAGGGAUGGAGAAUUUGACCCAUGUUUAUUUGGAGAAAAACAAGAUAGAAGCGGUGGCUUAUAAUUCUCUCCUGGGUCUGACCCGACUGAAAUAUCUCAAUCUGCAAGACAACAGAAUAAAUGUAAUUCAUGACAGAGCUUUUCAGGAUCUUCAGAAAAUGGAGUAUCUUUAUUUAAAUGACAACUUCAUCAGUGAUCUUCCUGAGAACUCCUUUGAUGGUCUGCGGCAUCUCAAGAUGCUUAAUAUUGGAGGUAACUUGCUCAGGAAUGUCUCAAAUACCUGGUUUCGGGACCAGUUUGAACUGGAAGUAUUGUAUUUGGACAGAAACCGGAUCAGCUAUAUUCAAGAAGGCACUUUUGAAAACCUUACGAGCUUGGUGUCUUUGCACUUGAACAGUAACAACCUAACCACCAUGCCUUUUUCAGUCUUCCAACCUGUCUACUUCCUAGGAAGACUCUACCUUUUCCGGAACCCCUGGGAGUGUGACUGCAGGAUUGAGUGGCUGAAAGAGUGGAUGGAGAAUUACAGACUUGUUAGGGAUAUUCCUUGUGCCUCCCCAUCCUCUGUUGCUGGUCUUGACUUGACUGAUGUUUUUUUUGAGAGAACAUCUGAAGGUUUCUGUCUUGACCCAGAGGAAUUAAAUGUCACAGCUUACAGUCCUUUUCCAACUGGAGAACCACAAACUACCACAGAGAACAAGUUCAAUAGCCUUAUCUCCAAAUUUCUGCUCCAGAAAGGCCUUUCAGAAGAAGUGGUAAACACCACAGAAAGUUUUAUCAACACUACCUUGUUAGAUGGAUUGACUAACAAGGCAUCUUUUGGAUUAGGGAAGUGUAAUAUCAAACUAAUAUGUUCUUUUAAUCUUUGGCUGUUUGUUAUAGCAGGUAAAUAG